AUGACUGGAAUUGUUCGUUUAACGAGACAGUUUGGUCGAGAAAUUUAUCUAAUUGAUAUUCAAGGCGACUUGGAACGCUCGAAGGCUGAAAUGAACAUAGGAGACCUUACCAUUGUCCAAUCAACUGAAAAGAGAGUAAAGUCCACUGCAAAGUUGAUUGUUGGUAACCAAUGCUUGGAGGGAACUGUUGAACCAUUAAAACAGCCAAUGGUAAUUCUUAGCAAAACGAAUAAACGACCUCGAUUGGAAAGCGCUGAAACAAACCCAACCACUUAUGUUUCUAUGGUUUCAGUGAUUAGAGAGAAAAUAACGUUUCAUUUACGACCUCAAUUAAUUCAUCAAUGA